CCAAGCAAGUAGGGCAGGGGAGAUGCUCCACGUUCGCAUGCCCCGAGCAAUCGAGCUUGCCAAGCUUCACGUGGUCGUGCCAGUCCACUCCCUGGCUUGGAGGUCUCCCUCGAUUUCACCUCCUCCGGUUGUUUAACUGGGACCAAUGUGGGCGGUUGUAUAAACGAGUAGGCGUGCCGCACAGAGCAAGCAAGAGGCCGCGCGCAGCACAGUGCCGCAGCCGCUGCAAGACGCAAAGAGAGAGCCAAGCCUUUUCCCUUUCGGAAAGGACAGACAGAGUCGAGGUACCGCGGCUAGGGAUGGGGUUCCUCCCGCUGCUUCAGGUCGUCCUCCUGGCCGCCGCGGCGGCGGCGAGGGCUCCGGCGGCGCGGGCGUGGGGCGAGGAGGGCCACUUCAUGACCUGCAAGAUCGCCGAGGGUUUUUUGACGAGCGAGGCGUCGGCGGCGGUGAAGGGGCUCCUGCCGGAGUGGGCCAACGGCGAGCUCGCGGCGGCGUGCUCGUGGCCGGACGCCGUGCGGCGCCAAAUGCCGUGGUCCAGCUCCCUGCACUUCGCCGACACCCCCGGCGACUGCAAGUUCAGCUACGCCAGGGACUGCCACGGCACGAAAGGGGAGAAGGACAUGUGCGUGGUGGGAGGCAUCAACAACUACACUGCCGCGCUCCAAGACUCAUCAAGCCCGUAUAAUCGGACGGAGAGCCUGCUGUUCCUGUCGCACUUCCUGGGCGACAUCCACCAGCCCAUGCACUGCGGCCGCACCGCCGACCUCGGCGGCAACACCAUCGUCGUCACCUGGUACAACACGACCAAGACCAACCUUCACAAGGUGUGGGAUGAGAAGGUCAUCGAAACGGCCAUGAACAGGUUCUACAAGGACGACCGAAGCGCCAUGAUCCAGGCCAUCAAGCUCAACCUUACCAACGAGUGGUCUAAAGAAGAGAAUCAGUGGGCGGCGUGCUAUACUCGAACCACAACCUGUGCUGACAAGUACGCAGAGGAGAGUGCGGAGCUGUCGUGCCCCGCGUACGUGGGCGCUGAGCAAGGCUCCAACUUGGAAGAUGAGUACUUCUUCUCGGCGCUCCCGGUGGUUCAGAAGAGGAUUGCCCAGGGAGGCGUCAGGCUGGGUGCGAUCCUCAACCAGAUCUUCAGUGGGAAGAACAACAGCAGCAUUCAGAGCAGCUAAGGUCCAUUAGACGAAACUAACGAAUGAGAUUGUGCAAGGGGUUAGCCCAAACGUUAUGAAGGAGAAUAAGGUUAUCAUGUUCGUCUGACCAUGUUGACUUCAUACUAUGUAAGUGAGUUGGUCAGUGCGUACUUCUGUAAUCGAAUCCAGUAUUUCCUGAAUGUGAUGAUAUAAAUUAAUCAGUGUUA